GUAGCUCUCCACUGCUGAAGUUUGUGGAACUCUUCAUUACAAGAUGGAGGACGAGAGGACCCCGGCUAAACGCUAUGCCUUCAACGUCCAGGACGUGAAACACGCCGAGACGAAGCGGAUGAACCACCCCACGGCCAAGAUGUGCUCCCUCUCCCGCUGGCCCCACACUGCUGACCUGACCCCCAGGGAGAUUUACGUCAUGAGAGAUUCGUACGCCGGGCCCAGGCGUAAAGAGACAUGUGUGGAGUACCGGUCCAACUACGACCGCAUCAACCACCCCGUCUGCGGCUACGACCAGCGGAUCCACAAAGAUAACACGUUGCACGGCCGCACCGUCAUGUGUUCGGCCAGGGACGAGGAGAAACUACGCACAGUUCACAUAGAAGAAAACAUGAUUUAUGGAAGGCGGAGUGACCAGUUUUACGAUUUUGCCAGCUUGAUGUACCCUCGGACUUUUCUCUGUAAAUCCAACUUUUUGAGAAGAAAUGGUCUGCUUGGCAUUCCACCGUAUAAAGAUAUUUCCACCAGCCUUCCACCGCUGUAAAGAUACCUCCACCAGCAAUCCACCGCUAUAAAGAUACAAAGAAUGUUUAUCUGCAUCUUUAGUUCAUCUCGAUCAUGUAUUUUGUACAUGUAGUUCAUGCGCCAAACUUUUUCUUCAACUGCAGUUUAUAUCAUGGUCAUUUAUACGUAGGCUCUCACUGAUUAUCUUGUGUGGACUAAAGUUGGUUAAACGAUUAAUGACGUCACAUUAUCCUUACCGUUUCUUG